AAAUCUCAAAUCUAAUAAGCAUUUGAGGUAACGAAAGAAAUGAUGAUCAUCCGAACAUCACCUAUCUUUGCUUUCUUAGUACUGCUAAUGAUUGAAUCAGCAGCAGGCCAGGCUCUGGUGAAGCCUGGCUGUCCAGAGUCUUGUGGGAAUGUCAGCAUUCCAUACCCCUUUGGAAUCGGAACAGGUUGCUACAUGAGCAAAGGGUUUGAGCUCUACUGUGAUAACCAUUCCAAUCCUACUAGAACUAUACUGAACAGCACAAAAAUUGAGGUAAUGUAUUUCUCUCUUAUUCCCAGCUUUAUUACCGUCAAACUACCCACAAACCGCACGAAUUGUGCCAGAACCUGGGCACUUUUGAAUCUUUCUGGAAGUCCUUUUAUGUCCGUCUGGUCAGGGAACACCUUGGAGGAAUAUGCUUUAGGCGUGUUAGAAUGGGCGAUUACUGAUAAGGAUGUAUUACAAUUACCACAUACAAAUGAGGGUGCAUUUAACUGUUUCAAGUUUAAUGGUCCUAAUGAUACUGUUGGUUAUGGUUAUUACAACGAUUCGGACUUGUUCUCAUCGUAUACCAUUGGUAAUGGUUAUUACAACGAUGCCGAAUUGUUUGCAUUGUAUAAUUUAUCUUCAAUGUCCUGGAACGCAAGUCAACGAUGUGUUUGUGAACGUGGAUUUGAAGGCAACCCUUAUCUACCUGAUGGAUGUCACGGUGAACUUCAAUCUCCACUUUUUCUCUAGUUUUAUCUGUGUCUCGUUUCUUUUAUUUAUAAUAGUUAAUAUUUAUUAAUUUUUUACAAUCAUCUAUCAACUGAGUUUUGUUUAAAAAACAUUAAACAUAAUAAGA